AUGCCGAUGGGAAGCCCCAAGCAGUCCCCGCGGGGGGGCCUAGUGCUUCUUCGGCGCUUGCAUCUCAACAUCAGCUGGUCACCGGAUGUGCCAUGCCACAUCUACAUCCGGGUGCCGCGGCCUCCGAAACCGCUGGUGCCCACCUGGCCUCUCACCUUGACAGAGGCGAAUCGCUUGCAGGAGGCGGCCAAAGAAGAGCUGGUACAUCUAGGCGCCUUGCGCCUCACCGGCGCCGUGCUCUCCGAGACCCGAUUCGCCACAGCCGUGGCGAACGCCUGGCCCGUCGCGCCGGGCGCCGCACGGCGCCUGGCCCGGGCCUUUGGGGCACCGGCCGCCGCGCUGGGCGCGCAGUGGCUCGGAUCUGGGAGGUCCUGUCGAGUCCCAAGCUGCAGGUUGUUGACGGGGCAUGAGGAAAGUCCUGAUGUGCCACCUCAAGUGCUACGAGACCUGGGCUGUUUGCGUUUCUCUGAUCAGCGGACCUUGCUCCAUGCCGCGCUGGGGCGCAAGGACCUGCAACUGGCACGCGCCGCGUUGCGCAGUCAGGGCGCUGGGGGCCUCUUUUGUCGCGACGCCCUGGGGCGGACGGUGCUGCACCACGGCAACAACACCGGCGCGCUGCAGCGGCGAGUGAAUGCCAGUGAGGCUGUGAGCUGGGUGCUCGCACAGAUGCAAAGCAACGCUCUAGAGAUGGUGCAGGAGGUGGACCACAUGGGCAGGCACGGAGGAACCAUUAUGAGGGAAUAUGAGCGAUUCAUUCUGAGGAUUUCUGAGGUAUAUCCCCUCACAGAACGACGUGCCUGA